AGACCGCCCUCCUGCCAUGCGCCCCUGCUUCUCGGCUGCUUGCUGCUGCUGCUGCACCACCUCACGCCGUAAAGGCAGGUCCUUGGAGCCAAGAAGACCUCGCUGUCAACGUGGGCGGCAUGUCUAACGCCGGUGGCGGGGGGACCGGGCGCGGGCCGCGGCUGCCGCGGUGGACGCGGCAGGAGAUACUGGUGCUCAUCGAGGGGAAGCGGGUGGUCGAGAGGAGCGGGAGCGGGCGCGGGCGCGGCCGGGGGCGGGCCAGGGGAGGAGGAGAAGGCGGAGGAACAGCGGGGGCGGAGCCGACCAAGUGGGCGGCCGUAGCGGAGUAUUGCCGGCGGCACGGCGUGGACCGCGGGCCCGUGCAGUGCCGGAAGCGGUGGAGCAACCUCGCCGGGGACUACAAGAAGAUCAGGGAGUGGGAGCGCAGCUACCCGGUGAAGAAAGAGGCGUCGUUCUGGGCCAUGCGCAACGACGCGCGCCGGGAGAGGCGGCUUCCGGGGUUCUUCGACCGGGAGGUCUACGACAUACUGGAGGGCCGCGGCGCAGGCGGUAAUGCGGCGGCAGCGGCGCGCGCGGAGGUGGAGGACGUGGAGGUCAAGGACAGGGUGAAGACUGUGUCCGAGCCCGACAGUGGCCGUGGGGAGGUGGCCGGCGAGGGUGGGCUGUUCUCAUCGUCAUCCGAGGAUGAUGAUGAUGAAGACGAUGAAGCGACCACGCCCGCUCCGAUGCCAACGCUGGCGCCGGCGGCUGUGGCCGUGCCCAUCUCCGAAGACGAAUUGAGCCGCUGCUUCUUUGCUGCGAACGCUGCUUCUUGGUGGUUUCAUGAGAAGACGACGGAGGCGCCCAGGCAAGAGACUUCUGAGCAAGGAGGCACGUCAAAAGGCAAGCGGCAGGAGCAAAUUACAGGGGACUCACCAGUGCAGUGCGGACAGAAGAGGCAACGCAGCAGUGAUGACAUCUCUGGAAGAGCCGGCGCUGACCUGCAAGGCCAGCUGAUCGAGAUCCUGGACCAGAGCAGCCGGAUGGUGGCGGCGCAGCUGGAGGCGCAGAACAUCAACAGCCGACUGGACAGGGAGCAGAGGAAGGACCAAGUAAGCAGCUUGCUUGGUGUGCUUGGCAAGGUGGCUGAUGCCCUGUACAGAAUUGCUGAUAAGCUGUAGCCGCCAGCUUGCCACUGUAUGUCUUGAGCACAUAAAUAAUUGCUUCAAAGAAAGAAAAAACAUAUAGAGAAUGGAAAAACAUUCCAUUUAUGAGAAUGUACA